UUACCGAGCCCCCCUUUCGCAGUGGAGCGCGACACGAGCGACGGGUAUCGGUUAUGGAGUUAUGGAGGCCGCCGCGCAGCCGAGUUACGAGCAGCCGCACAACUGCGCGUCCGCGAUCCUCUCGUGCCUCGCGCUCUCGGUCGUCUACGUGGCGAGCCUGUACGUCUGGAGUACGCCGCACAACAGAGAGCACCCGUCAACGAUAAAGAAACGAUUCUUCAGCGUCUUCAUCAUGACUUUCCUCUCGCCAGCGCCUCUGUACUUUGGAUUAAAUGAGAAAGUGUUCCAAAAGGCAAGCAUGUGGGAGCUGUUGGGUCUACGAUGGUCGGGCUUCAUACAGGCUGCCGUGAUACCGUUGCUCCUAACGAUGAUUCUGUUCCUAGGUCCCUUGAGCUUGCAGGGCUUCAAUGGCUUGUGGCGACUGUACACUGAGCCCAUGUACUGGCUGGGAAGCGUGCGGACGUUGAUCUGGUGGCGGAAUCAGGUGGUCGCGCCCCUCUCCGAGGAGUGGACCUUCAGGGCCUGCAUGCUGCCGUUGCUCCUGCAGUGCUUCACGCCGGCUACUGCCAUAUUCGUGUGCCCCCUGUUCUUCGGGGUGGCCCACUUCCAUCACGUGGUCGGGAGGGUGAAGAUGGGCAUGGGGAUCAAGCACGCGCUGUUUAUAUCCUGUUUCCAGUCCGCGUACACGACACUGUUCGGAGCGUACGCAGCCUUCCUCUUCGCGAAGACAGGUGGGCAUCGCACUUUCUUCCCUUCCACACGAUCCGCGAGUCUUCGUGAAGAGCUGCUCACACGUGCUUGUAUUUUCUCCAGGACACUUCGUAGCGCCGUUCGCCGCGCACUCCUUCUGCAAUCACAUGGGCUUUCCCGAUCUCUCCGAGAUAGCGGCGUACAAGGACCCGCUGAAGAGGGCCGGGCUGCUCUGCCUGUUCGUCAUCGGUCUGGUCGCUUGGUGCUUCCUGCUGACGCCGAUGACGCACCCGUCGCUGUUCAACAACAACUUGUUCUGGACUAAGCAAUCCGUAUGAGACAAGUUGAGCAGAGCGCGAGCUUGAGCAAACGCCAGGAGCUUCUAAUUAAUUCUAACGGAGUUUCUACGCCAUAACUACUGCUCCAUUACCGACUUAACUGUUUUACAUUGUUGUGUGAUAUUUUAUAUUUGUGUCUAGUGUAUAUAUAUAUAUAUAUAUAUAACGCUUAUAUAUAUAUAUAUAUGUCUGUUCAAGAGUCGCGUCUCGCAGGGAUUUAAUAUCAGUGAUGUACAUGCGACGAUAACGACGCACUCUCAACUCAAACACGGACAAAUCCGCGCUCCAACUUGGACUCGACUCGUUGUUACGACAAAAGAUGUAUCACCGUAGUGCCUCAGAUUUAAUUAGACUUUUUGAACUGUAAUUACAAAGGCAUCACAAUAACUGUCGGAUAUAGGUAAACUCCGUUCGCGAAGCCGAGGCGCGAGGGACGCCUCGUGCACCAUCAUUCUUCACGAAUUAAUCUCUCCAAGUGCGUCAUCGCGAGGCGAGGUCCGCCGGGGCGGACGUCCCAAAGCGUCAUCGAUUUGUUCAGGGAGAUCUUUUUUGUAAACGGGGAUCACGUAGCGUAGAGACUAUUCUAGCGUAAUUAAUUAACUGGAUCAAUGAAGUCUAGCGAGAAAGUUUGCAGAUCGAUCUUUAUAUAAUCGUCCGUACUUUUAUAACAGUCUGUAAUAUAAAUACGAUGUGUGUGCGCGCGCGUGUGUGCGUACGAUAUGGCAGUGACGAGAUAUACCCAAGCGUGACACGCCGCCCCGUGCGCGCACGAACCAAAUGUUUUUAUUUGCAUCACAGAAGUAACGGUCGCGCGCAACAGAAAUGUCACAGAAAUACACUUUUGUAUGAGUGUAUCUAUUGUACAUGUACACGUACAUACAUAUAUGUGUGUGUACACUACCGUCAAAAAGUUUCGGACCGAAGAAAUUAAUAAGAUUUGAUUAUAUAAUUUCAUCCCCAAAGGAUAGUGUCAAUUACUUUAUUAUUUCGUGUUUCCCUUCUCCAAUAAAAUUUAAUUUCAUUAUAAUUCGAAGCAAUUUUAUUUUCUAUUUCUAUUUGUUACUUUUUUUUUCUUUCUUAAACUUUUUGACGGCAGUGUACAUGCAGUGCAACUGAGAACGAGGGCAUGUAAGUACUUAUGUGUAUAUAUAUAUAAGACGUGGACGACACUGGUUUCCUUUCUUGUGAAUAAUAUCUUUCAAUCGAAUGCGUAAUUGUGUAUAUCACUUGUUAAUCGAGACACGAGUUUAUAUCGCGGCAAGAUCGACUUUUUAAACGACGUUCGGAGAGUACGAGAAGUGUUAACGAGUAUACUAAUACGAUGAUGUUGAAGUGAUACUAUUAGUGUUUUAUAGUGAAGUAAAAAAGAAAAGAAGUAAAGCUACAAAUCGCUGCGGAAAUCGAUACUCAAGAUUAUUCCCGCGAGGACUCGUAGGACAAUUUCGUGCGAGUGUCCGUCGAAAUCUGUUAAACGUUUUGUUUUUUGCGACGAGAGAGGCGAUCUGAUUUCCGUGCACGAUCGUUUCACUUUAUAACAUUGAUACAGAAUAUAUAAUUCUAA